GCACUCGGGCUGCAAGACCCAUGGCCACAGCGGACGCGGAGAAAGCGAAGGAGGCGGCGUCGGAGGCGCCUGCCGUGGAGCCCGCCAAGGAUACUUCGGCGGACGCCUCGAAGGCGCCCGCUGUGGAGCCAGCCAAGGACGCGGCGGCUCCGGAAAAGAAGGCGACGCCGUCGGAGCCUUCCAAGGAGCAGCCCGCUGCCAAGAGGCUGAAGCCAACCCCAGCAGAACCAGCGACGGUGAGGAAACAGAUCGAGUACUACUUGAGCGACGAGAACCUCAAGUACGACAAAUUCUUCAGUGAGAAAAUGGCUGCAGACAAGGAUGGGUGGCUUGACGUGAACUUAGUGCUCAGCUGCAACAAGAUGAAGGCAAUGGCCGCCACCAAGGAGGAUGUCAUGGCCGCGUUGAAGGACUCCAAGAUAGAGGUCCGGGAGGACGGCCUCGCUCUGCGCCGCCCGGGCAACGCGCCGCUCCCCAAGCUCGAGCAGCGGCCCGUGCACCAGAAGAAGAGCUCCAUCCACGCCCACGACGGCGGGGUGAUUGCGUGCCUGAGCGGCAUUCCCGAGGAGCAGAGCUGGAUGCAGAUGAAGGAGAAGUUGAAGGAGAAGCUGCCUCCAAAGGUGCAGCUCUGGUUUGUCAGCGAGGUAAACGACAAGCACCAGUGCGUUGUCGCCACCUCGCCGUUCGAGGGCGACAUCAAGUUUUUCGAGGAGCUCGAGCUGGAGGCUGGGGGCAUCAAGCUGAAGUCGGAGGUGGUCUGA